AAAAGACGUUUAGACAUUUUUCCACGCGAUGACGAAUGACGAUCCGUGUAAAGACGGCUCCCUCGAUUGCGUAAGGAGCUGUUCGUAUUCUCCCAAUGAUUGUCAAUUUUCGUGGUGCCCGCUUCUACUGUGACGUAGCUACUUCGUAACGAGAGGCAAAAAGGGUGCGUUCGGACGACACACGAGCCUAGCCCCUUGCAAAUGCGUGACGGGGUCCACCAACGAAAUUAUGGAUCGGGCCUAGUGAAUAUUGGACGGGUUAUAAUAAUGGGUGAAAAAACAUUCAACCUUACUUGGAACAAUCACCUAGCGAACUUGUCCGGAUUGUUUGAAGGACUCUACAAGAGUGGUUCUUUAACUGAUACAACGUUAGCUUGUCAAGGUGGAAUGUUGAGGGCACAUAGACUGGUCUUGGCAGCAUGUAGUCCAUACUUUGAAAGAGUUUUUAAAGAACAUUAUGGUGAACAGCCAAUUCUUAUUUUGAAAGGUGUUGCAGUUGAAGAAAUGGAAUGUCUCCUGGAUUUUAUGUAUCGUGGCUCAAUCGAUGUUGCUGAAGAACAUUUGCCCUCUUUGAUUAAAACUGCAACAGAUCUAGAGAUUCGUGGUCUUUCCGGUGAGCAGAGGAAUCAAGAAAAUAGUCGUAGUCCUUAUACGAGAGUUGAGACACGGAUGCAACGAUGUCACAUAGAAACGAGAGUUCACACAACGGAGUAUCUGAAAGAACCGUCUGUGAUUCCUUUUUUACCAAAACAGUCUUCCAUAGAAUCAUUAGAAGAUCAUAUCAAGGUGGAAGAAAUUGAGGUUGAAGAUGAUCCAAUGGUGAUCGAUGGGCACGAAGAUACAUUCGACGAACCCUUGCGAUCGGCGGAAACGCAAAUUAGACGUAUGCCACCACCAAUGUAUAAACGAGAAACAAGAUUUAAAGGCCAAAAAAGAGUUUCUGUGGGACGUUCAACAAGAAACAAUGAUGUAUUAGAAUUCAGAUCAAAGGAGCGCAUAGCUUCAAAGGAAGAAUCUACGAGGGAAAGCUACGAAGAUUCAUCGAACACGGUUAAAUCUGACUCGAAUUUUAACAAUGCAUCUGCAGAUCCUACGGUACCGGAUAUACAGAUGAACGACGACUUACAAGAACGAGAUGAAAGUCUGGAUUCUUCAAAGAGCACAGAUGAUAAUUCAAGAUUAACUAUCAAAAAGAAGGGCGACUGCCCUACGAAGAGAUCAGGAUUAAACGAAGGAAAAGAUGCUAGACCGAUGCAAACAAAUGCAAAAGCGCAAUAUAAACCUUUCUCCUGCGACCUAUGUACUUUAGCCUUUACGAGAGCUUCUCAUUUGGCCAGACACAGAAGAGUUCACACGGGUGAACGACCAUUCGCUUGCAACAUUUGUCCUCGAAUGUUUGCUAGACAGGAUAAAUUGAAACAGCAUUUGGAUUCGCAUUUACAGUGGCCAAAAAGAAAAAAUAACUUGUCGAAUUCAAGUUGUCAAUCAGCCCCCUCUGUACCUGCUAAAGGGAAAAGGGGUAGACCUCGAAAGGUAAAUUUAGAACAGUCGGCCAUGGAAGAAAUUUUAAAAUUCGGCGAAUUUAGUUCUCUCUUGAACAAAUCCCAUUCGGCGAAUGCGACGGACAAAAAUGAAGAUUUCGCUUCCACUGAAAAUGAAGCAAAAAUCAAAGAGCAAGAAGAGGAUGCUGCGGAAGAAGGAAACGAAGAUAAGGAUAAGGACAUAAACAAAGAUAAAGACAAUUAUGGCUGUCAAGUUGAAAAUGGUCAAGAUAUUGUUUAAGUAAUUUCCGUUUAUUAUCUUCCGUGCUUUUACAAAAAAUAUUUUUCUAUGGGUAAGAAAUCACGUGAUUAAAAAGUGAUGGAAAUUACUGAGCUUUUUCGAUCAACGAUACGAUCUAAAUACUUUUCUUGAUCUUUCUUCAUUCAACGUUUGAUAGUGAGAUAAAUAUAAACUAUAAAUUCAUUAGCAUACUUUGAGAUGCUAACAAAACUUUACGUGCAAUAUAAUUCUUGAUUCUCGAUGUUCAUUCUUUCCCAAAGAAAAUUUGUAUUCUUUGAAUUAGUGAAAUAAAUAAAUAAGAUCGUAAAUUGGUUAAAAGUUAUAAUUCAUAUUUAUAUACAUACGUAAGAUAAAUAUGCAACGAUAUGUACUGGAAACAUUUUCACUGUAUACAAGAACAUUAAUUAGAAAUUGUCAUUUCAAAUUGAAACGCUAAUGGAAUGAAAGUGAUUGUUGUGAAACGAUUGUUACUCUUAUACAACUCGUCUUAUACAAUAUUUGUUUGACUUUUGUAUAUUCUUUAAAAUUAUGUCACUGUAAAAUCAGUUCAUGAUGUCGAUAUUUACAUAACUCAUAUGAAAAGUGUGCAAUGUUUAUUUAGAUUACCGUUUUAAGGUAUAAAUAAAUUGGUUUAUUACACGUGCAACAAGUCAUUCAAAAUUCAUGUAAGAAUUAAGAAACAACUGAAAAUGAUUUCUAUAAAUAGGCAUUCAAUAAAUAGCAUAAAAUAUCUAACGUAUUUUUUAAAGAAAUAACACUUAUAAGUAAUACUACAAAUAAUAAUUGCGUAUAAAAUCAUGCGAACUUAUUAAAUUUAUUUUUUAUUUAUAAACGUAUAAUAUAGUUUUGACACUUAAAAUUCGUGUCCCUCGUUUUUUAUGUACAUCGCGCGUGUCCUUUUUCGAUCUCGUCAUAGAAACGAAAUAACUUUAUGAAGGAAACUUACCAAAUAAUUUUGACUUUCGUAGAUAUUUAUUUAUUAAGAUUCGUGGUAUUCUUGUUAUAGAUUAAAUAGAAAUUUGUUCAAAAGAGUACCUGAAGCACCUAUGUUAGAUGUGAGACUAACUGAUGGUGAACACAGGCCAUGUAGAAAAAUAAUAAACAAUUUUUAUCUCCCAUUUUCUAAGAUGGUUGUUUAGGUACUGAUAAGUCGAAUUCUACGACGAUUCACUGUCGUAUAAUACGAUAUUUCUAUCGUAUGAUAAGAUUAGGAAAAAAAAUUUAUGUUGAGAACUCGACCAAAUUACUUAAGCUGGGAGACUGUGGUAUGGUUUGCAUUGUGAAACUGUUUAACUGAUUAAAGCUUAAGUUACAGAAUUUAUUUGCGUUCUUAGAAUACGAAGAUAAUUAUCAAUUUAGGGAAAUAUUUUAUUACGUAAAUGCAUAUUGUGUUAUUCAUUUUUUAGUUCGUUUUGAUAUUCUUUCUAUAUUUAUUUGUUAUUCAAUUAUAUACAUAUCUUUAAAUAAUUUUUCAAUAUUUAAAAAGAUUCAUUAUUUUCAACUAUAUUAUUUCGAUUGUUGUGCAGCAAAACCAAUAUAUGUAUUUAUAUUUCUAAUAUACGCCUUUAAAUAUAGGCCUAACAAAAGUUGGAACUAUUUAAAUGCCUAAAAAAUGUUUUAAUGUCCAUCAUAUUAUAAGAAGGAAAGCAACAUUUUUCUUUUCAACUUUUCAUGCAAACGCAAAGCGUUGAAAUUCUUUUGAAGGAAUAUAUUUCUCUGAAUUUAUAAUUAUAAAAUAUAUGCAGUUAAAUGUACGGCAGUGCAAACUACAUCUAUGCGUAGAUGAGGCUCAACAAUUCUUAGAGCCGAAAAAAGAAAUGUAGCUUCAAAUAUUUUGUUAUACACGCGAUUAUUAAACACGUCAAGUACAAAUGUCCAAAUAUUAGAAUAUACAUGUGCGUAAGUGUGUGUGCCUGUCGUACUAUAAAAGAAAAUAAGAGAAAUAGCAGUAUAGAUAUAACGUUCAAAAAUUGGCGGAAGUAAUUCUUUUCCGUUCAUACUAAUGAAACUUGUUAAUCUAUUUUUGUUUCUUUCUCUAUUCAGAUACAAUAAUGUAGCUUCUUGAACGACUUUCGAUUAAUCAAUGUUUUUUGUGUUUUUGUUUUUAUAAUUUUAUAAAUAGAUAUAAUUGCGUUUAUUUAAACAACUGUAAUUCGGUGAUUUUGACUAAAUGAAACAAUUUGAUGCUUAAAAUAUGGAAUAAUAUGCAUUUAUAUUUAUCGAUAUUGUUAUUUAUUCGCAUCAAUUUGCCAUUUGUUUAUCCACUUUUACGUUAAAAAAAUACAUUUUCGUUAAUUUUUUCUCUUAUGAGAAAAUUAUUGAUAAGAAAAUAGCAAAUCACCAUUGAUUCCAUGUUUUAAGUAUAAAAUAAAAACGAAACGAUAUUGCAAGUAUGGAAAUUGAAUCGACCAUUAAUUUUGAUAAAUUUUACAAAAACCAGUCUUUAUAGAAUAAUAUAGAAUAACAUAUUACAUAGUAUGUGUUGAUGCCAUCCGAAUUGUAUCUUUCUGUAACAUCGGUUGUUGUUGUUGUACGAAUUGCAUUUUGUUUCGUUAAAUUCUUGUUGCUCGAUCUACCAGUGUUAUACCUCCUGCAUUAUAACUUUUAUUAUGGCAAUGUGCAAUUAUUUCAGCGAUACGACUCUUUGGUCUGCCGCGGCAAUUUACGAGUACUUGGUGCAAUCCAUUAGUGUCCAGAAGGUCGUACGCGCGUCUUCAUAUCUUACAGUGUAUAUUGUGUAGCAUGUGUAAAUAAAUUCUAAAGUCAAUGUCUA